CUAAUUCUUCCUCCAUUUCAAACCUCAGUCACUCACUCACACAAUGAGCAGCGACGAGGCCAGGAGGAACAGCGUCGUCGUUGGUGGCGGAGGAGGAGGAGGAGCACCACCACUUCUUACGGCGAGACCCAACUCCGAAGAUCGAAAGCCAAUGCUCUCCUCUUUAUCCCCACCACCGCCGCCACAAACACCAUCUGCUGCUCCCGCACCCAAGAAAGUCAUCAUCAAGAGUGCUGAUAUGCUCCCUGACAUGCAGAAAGAGGCCGUUGAUAUCGCCGUCGCGGCAUUUGAGAGGCUCAAUGUGGAGAAAGAUGUUGCUGAGCAUAUCAAGAAGGAGUUCGAUAAGAGGCAUGGACCCACUUGGCAUUGCAUAGUUGGUCGCAAUUUCGGUUCGUAUGUGACUCAUGAAACAAACCACUUUGUGUAUUUCUAUUUGGAUCAGAAAGCGGUUUUACUUUUCAAGUCUGGCUAGCCAUAUUCUGAUGGUGAAUAAGAAAGCUGAAAGCUACAAGAAUUGUCUUGUGAUUAUGCUGCUAUAUUGUCUCUUGUAUGUAUUGAAUACUCAGGCACUCAAACUCUUUGUAGGACAUUCUUGUUCUUGUAUAUCUAAUUUUAUGCGAACUGGUUCUUUAGUUUGGAUAUGAAUCAAAUUGCCGAUCUUUCUCUUC